AUGUCACGAACACCAGGCGAACAUUCGAACUCAGUUCCUGACCUUACUUCGGAGAAUAUUACUCGUCGCAAGCGUGGCUAUAACGACGACCUUACAGAAGCUUUGGACCAAUUCAGCUACAAAAUGAUUGAGAAAUGGAACGAAUUGAAAUUGGAAUUCACUCAAGAAAUAUCUGAGAUAAAGGAUUCUUUAAAAAAUCUUAACGAGACCACCAAUGAAUUAAAAUCCGAGAUAAACCAUAUUAGAGAAGAAUAUACAAGAAUGCAAAAAACUGUACAAAACUUAGAUAUACAGCAGAAUGAUACACAAAAAGAGGUAAUGUCGCUACAAAAAUCUAUGCAAUAUCAUAGCGACGAACAAGACGACCUCAAGAAAAAAACAGAAUUACACGCUAAGAAUAUACAAAUCAUUAGCACACAAUUGGAAGAUGUAAGAUGUCAAAACAAUAAAUUGAAGUCUGAGCUGAACGAAAGAGAGCAGCGAGAUAGAUUGCUGAACAUAGAAAUUGUUGGAGUACCCGAACUUAAAGACGAAGACCUAAGUGGAAUCAUUUUGCAACUGGGAAAACGUACAUCUUUAGAUAUAAAAAUUGAGGAUAUUGUACGGGUUAACAGAGUUACACCUAUCUCGAAGCAAGAUGGAAGACCGAAACAUAUAGUCGCGAAAUUGAGUACUCGUCAACUAAAAGACAAUCUAAUCUCGCAGACUCGAAAAUGCCGCGUAACAACAUCAGAUUUAAAUAUACCAGGCAAAGUCAGCCCGGUGUUUGUGAACGAACAUCUGACAGUUUCUAACAAAAGUCUCCUAAAGAAAACUAAAGAAGCUGCCAAAUUGAAGGAAUAUCAAUACACUUGGAUAAAAAACUGCAGAAUUUUCGUAAGGAAGGCUGCUACAUUGCCUGCGAUCCCAAUCAAGGAAGAAGAGGAUUUAAGAAAAAUUGUAUAG